AUGAUAUUAUUGCAGUUGACUGUUGUAGGAUAUUUAAAUACUGGAAAAACAUCCUUAAUAAAUUCUAUUAUGAAUAAUGAAAUAUUCACAAAUUAUUCACAUACCCCCUUACCAAUGAUAUAUUAUAAAGUUCAUAAGGAUAAAAGUAGAGCUUUCUGUGUUGAAAUAGAAGAUACGUCAGUUGAUGUUGACAUAAAUAAUUUUACAAAUAUGAUGAGGAAAGAAAUUACAACAAAUAGUAAGAACAUGAAGAAUCCUGUGUUUAGUUAUUUCGAAAAUCCGUGUAUUCAAUUCCAGGAACAUGAUCCUUACAAUUCUAUUAGUUAUGGAAGAAUGGCAUAUUUUCUUGUUUUCGAUUUAACUAAUCCAUCAACUUUUGAAUAUGUUAAAAUGAUAUAUUUAAAUAUGUCUAGUAUUUAUGAAAAAUAUUAUACGCUCAAACCAUUUAUAUCUCUUGUGGGAAAUAAAUCUGAUUUAGCAGAUGAAAACUGUGCUUUAGUUCGAGAAGCAGAAAAUUUUUCUAAUGAACAUAUGGUUCAACUUUGGCUGACUUCAGCUUAUACAGGAAAAAACGUGAAGAAGCUAUUUCUUCAUACUAUUAAUAUGGUCUACAACAAUACUAAUUUGUGGAAAUAUGACAUAGAAGAGUCUGGAUCUGAGUCGUCUGAAAGUUUAUAUUAA